UGGAACUGAGAUGAAACUCUUCAUGACUCUUUAUAUUCGUUAAGUUUUUGGUUUACUUUGUAAGGAACUGCAACAAAAACGCCAUUUUUUAUUUAUAUUGGAACAAAAUGAAGUAACAAAAGCGUAUAGCAAAAUAAAAGUACGCACUUACAUUAUGAGAACAAAACACAAACCAGCCGAGCACUAUUUUUAAUUUCAUUGUCUCUUUAUUUAAUCAUUGUUCAAAACUAUAACACACGUUUUACGUAUAAAUAUUAUGUGCCCUUACUAAAAUUUUAAUACAUUUCGUACCCUCUAUCCGGUUCUCGUGUCUAUGGCGCCUAUGGCACGUGGAGCGCUAUUGGCAUGGCUCACUUACGACCAUGUCUAUAACGAGCGCGGUUGCCAACGCUGCCGCUCUUGCCGCGGCCGGUGCAGGCAAGAAAGCCGCUCAGGUGCAGUUGCAGGCAGAGAUCAACACGGAUGACGAGUGGGCCAAGUUUCUUAAUAGAGCUGGACUCCUCGUAAUCGAUGUGUAUACAGAAUGGUGCGGCCCUUGCAUAGGAAUGGUUGGAAAUCUGAAGAAAAUUAAAGUGGAAAUCGGUGGAGACAACUUGCAUCUCGCUGUCGCAAAAGCGGACACGAUAAGCGAUCUUAAGCGAUUUAGAAAUCGCAGCGAACCCACAUGGAUGCUUCUUUCGAAUAAGCAGCUUCUGAACGUAGUUUUUGGCGCGGACGCCCCUCGUCUAACGCGUACUAUUGAACAGGAAUUGAAAAAUGAAGAAUUGGUGCGGAAAGGAGAAUUAGAGAGACCCCAACGGGCACCAUUUGAGCUGACUCCACAAGAACAGGAAGUGGCAAUAGCCCAAGAAAAACUACUUCAAGCUAGAAGAGCUAAAGAAGCUGCAGCGGCUGAAAACUCCAGGCUAGCUCGACGUGAAUCACGCGCGAAGCGACUCGAAGCCCAUUUUAACGAAAUCUGCCCGGCAAUGCUCACUCCACAUGCGCAGAAACAUCUCAGGAAGGUCGUCGAUGCACUUGAACCGUUUGGUGUCAUUGUGGCAGAUAAAUGCCCGUUAGUUCUAAAUAAGGACGGUCUUAAAGUACUCGCUAUAGAAGAUGAAAACUUGGCAACAGAGGCGGCGGCUGCAGCACUGAUCGACAGGCCUUCACUAACUUUGCUACUGAAGAAGCUACCAGACAAAGAGGGGAAUGUUAUAGAGUUAUGUCGAUCGGCCCUUUUCGGAGAUGGUUUAUCAGAGGAAAACGAACCGAAGAAAUUCUUGGCAGAUGAGCUGCAGCUUAAUUCUGUGCCAGGCUUGUUUGUGCCGGCUGACCGACACCAACGAGCCGCUGCAAUGGAUUUACUCUUUCCAAAGAUGGUGGGUUCCCUAGUUGAGCCUCCGACGCCAGCAGAGCCUCCACAUUUACUCAUGCUCUUUGGGGCGUGGCAGCGUCGAGCAAUUUUAUCCGUCACCGUUGUUCCAAAACUUUCCAACCAAAUCCUUAGAUACGGAUUUUUUGCUGAUGCCAACAUUGAAGAACCUAAAUUGCUGGCUAAAAAUUUAGACAAAUACGAGGAGAGACCAGAAAAAGACUAUUCAGAAACCAUAGCAUUAAUGGUGAGCGUUGGAGUAGAAGAACCAGCUUUAGUGGAUCCCAGCGAAAUACAAAACGAGCCACCAGACGCCCUGCUGACAUUAGGGCCACUCCAUGUUAGCGAGGAUACAGUGGUAGGAGAAGAAGAAUGCAGGAGAUUCUUUCCACCAGGAUAUAGUGAACCCGAACACAAACCUAAACCUAAGUCUAAAAAGAAGAAAAAGAAGCGUCAUGAGACCAGAGAUGAAGGAGACGAGAUGGCCGAAGUAUCUACCGAAGUACCCGAGGAUGACAUCAUAGAUGGCUCUGCUGAGGACGGUGAAAUAGAGGAUGAAGGAGAGGAAAAGGAAGAAGAUAUUGGCCGCGGGGAAAAGGAAGAUGACAGUCACCUCGAUAAGGCGACCUCCCCACCACCCACUACUCACUAGUUAAAAGCAUAGUGUAUGUUCUAUAUUAAAAAUAGUGGCAAGUUGAUAAAAUUAUUAAAGAAUUCAUCUUUCUCUAUAAAUAAGUGGAUUGAUCUCAGUACUCACGGUACUUUAGUAAGCACCCUCCUGUUUAUCAACACUUCGCACGGGCGUCAAUAAUAAGUUCCUACAACCGCUAAAUAGAACUAAGAUGUACUAACACAACUAUCAAAUAUUAUACCAAUGUAAAUAUUUGCGUUGUAAAAAUAGGUUGAUUUUUAAAUAUAUUCUGUAUUAAGUAAAUUUAAUUAUUUAAAAUUUAAUUUUGCAUAAGUAAAUAAAAAAGAGUGAUGUGAUUCUUGGACCAUCGUGCAAUACAUUUUAUAACAACUGGCUUGUUUAGUUUAGUUCUUUGAUUUGUAUUUAAUUAAAAAUACUAAAAUCAUCAAUCAUCUUUUCUAGGCAGCGUCACGAGGUUUUCUACCCGCUAAUUAUUUUAAUGAUAUUUUUUAAUUUAAUUCAUCAGAAUUUACCAGCCAGCUACGAAUAACUUCCUUUAUAGAUUAAAGAUAAUAAAGUACAAUAAAUAUUGUAUAUGUUAAAUUUUUUCAAGAACCAACUUCAAACAUCUUAACAAUUUACCUGAAAAACUAUAGAAUUGUUAUAUAUUUUUCUAAAACUUCCGUAUUUAAAUUAUUUAUCAACAGUUUAAAAAUAAUAAGACGAACGAAUAGUAAUGAAUGGAUUAUAAAAGCCAGUUAAUCAUAUAUUACCAUUGUAAUAUAUGGUCUUUUACUUUUAGAAUUUAUUUUAAGUCGAGGUUCUUAAUAAAAUCACGAUUUUUGUACAAUAUUGGCCUAGUGGCAUAAAAAGCGAGAGGUCGUAGCUGGUUCGAACCCAACAUGUGCGCAUUCAACACUCGCUCGUACUGUGAAUGUCGUGAGAAAACCGGCAUGCCUUAUACCUAAAUAAAUAAUGGUUUAAAAAAAUAAAAAAAACACGCU